GAAAAUAUUCUGAGGUCAAGGAGGUGACAUUGAAGAAGACAUAUAAAAUACCCUUGUAAGCUUUCUCUCAGCCUGUGGAGUGCCAGCUUACUUCUUGGUGUAGAUCUAAUUAAAAUUACUGAAUACCUAGGGAUGGGAUGUCUUAUUUGUUUCUGUGUAUUUGCUGCAAUAAUCAUAGUGGCCCUUUAUCUGAGGAAAAUCCAUGGCUUUCUGGUAGACGAUAGAGCUCCUCCAAACCUUCCUUCACUCCCGAUUAUCGGGAGUCUUCUGAGCAUAAGGAGUGACAGCCCGCCGCAUAUUUUCUUUCAACAGCUGCAGAAGAAGUAUGGAGAUAUUUAUUCGCUUAUGAUGGGCUCUAAUAGAGUCAUCAUUGUCAACAAUCAUCACCACGCCAAGGAGGUCCUCCUUAGGAAAGGGAAAAUAUUUGCAGGAAGACCACGCACUGUUACUACAGACAUUUUAACACGAGAUGGGAAAGACAUAGCAUUUGGUGACUAUAGUGCCACAUGGAAGUUUCAUCGAAAAAUUGUACAUGGGGCUCUAUGCAUGUUUGGAGAGGGAACUGCAUCUAUCGAGAAAAUAAUUUGCAGAGAGGCGAGCUCCAUGUGCGAAAUCCUGACUAACCUGCAGAGCUCUGCAGCAGACUUGGCCCCGGAGCUGACCCGUGCUGUCACAAAUGUAGUAUGUACCCUCUGUUUUAGCUCCUCGUAUAAACGUGGAGAUCCUGAGUUUGAAGCUAUGCUCAAGUACAGCCAGGGAAUUGUGGAUACAGUUGCCAAGGACAGUUUGGUGGAUAUCUUUCCGUGGCUCCAGCUCUUUCCAAAUGAAGACCUCAGAAUUCUAAGGCGUUGUGUCUCCAUUAGAGACAAACUCCUUCAAAAGAAAUAUGAGGAACACAAGGCAGACUUCAGUGAUAACAUCCAGCGAGACCUGUUCGAUGCUCUACUGCGUGCCAAAAACAGCUCGGAGAAUAACAACACAAGCACUCAGGAUGUCGGUCUUACUGAUGAUCAUCUACUCAUGACCGUAGGGGAUAUUUUUGGUGCUGGGGUGGAGACAACAACCACUGUACUGAAGUGGUCCAUUCUUUAUCUUAUACAUCAUCCACAGGUUCAGAGAAAGAUUCAGGAGGAGUUGGAUGCCAAGAUUGGGAGGGACCGGCAUCCCCAGGCUAACGACAGAGGAAAUCUGCCCUACCUGGAGGCCACCAUCAGGGAAGUGCUCCGAAUCCGGCCAGUCUCACCACUUCUCAUCCCUCAUGUAGCUCUCUCAGAUGCAAAUAUAGGAGAGUACACUGUACAGAAAGGGACGCGGGUCAUCGUCAAUCUGUGGUCUUUGCACCACGAUGAAAAAGAGUGGAAAGACCCAGAACUAUUUAACCCAGAACGGUUCUUGAACGAGGAAGGCAACAGUCUGUGCUGUCCAUCACUCAGUUAUCUACCAUUUGGUGCUGGAGUGCGUGUGUGUCUCGGUGAAGCUCUGGCCAAGUUGGAGCUCUUCCUCUUCCUGUCAUGGAUUCUGCAAAGGUUCACUCUGGAGGUGCCUGGCGGUCAGCCUCUACCCGAGCUGCAGGGCAAAUUCAGAGUUGUCCUUCAACCUCAGAAAUAUAAAGUCAUUGCCAGGCUUAGGACAGGCUGGGAAAAGUCGCUACAGAGUCAAGAGUCUGAGUCAGGCUAAGAUGUCCAUUUUUCUUUUUAUACUCAGACUACAUAUAACAUUAGAACAGAAGUGUUUUGUUUUUACAGAUUGUCUUAACCCUGUGUUCAGUUCGCUACUUAGCAAUGGAUUUUCUGUUAGUCCUUUUCAUGGCUCAUAUCGACUUUGGGCAGCUGAGACAGAAAACAAUAUUGGAAAUGGGCAAAUUUGAAUACAUCUAUGUUUUGGGAAAGAACAGUAAAAACACACAAACUAGCAGGUGUGUGUAAACAGGUAUGAGUGCAAAUAAGAUAUGCAAUAAUAAGUAAAUUCACCAAUUUGUUUUAUUUUUUGUAAAAAGCAGUUGGUAUGGAUUGAUAGUUCACUACUUCUGUAAUCUGGUUAAUUAUUGGGCCAAAAUGACCAGAAAAUAACCUGUGUAAUAUAUGCAAUAUAAUCCUUUUUCAUGUUCAGUAGAGAAAAAUGAGCUAAUC